AUGCAAACUUAUAAUUCUCCAUAUGCUAAUAGGUCUUUAUCAUCAUUGAAGCAGAAUCAUAUCGCUAGAUCGAAUUCAACUUCUGAUCUGUUUGAUUUAACCGCCGAUAUGAAACAUAAAAAUAUUCAUUCAACUAAAAAAAAAUCUAAUAAUCAAGUUUAUCAUAUGGAAUCAAUUACAAUGAAUAAUAAUAAGAAUAUUGAUAAUGAUUUCUAUAUUACGAACAAUCAUGCUACCAAAAAAAAAUUAACUCCAUAUCAAGUACAAAGGCAAAAGAUGCAAAAAUCAUUUAUGUUUCCAAAUGGUGAAAAUUUUACACCGAAGAGGUCGAAACACUAUAAAAAUUGUAGAAAUAAUUUUACCAAAAAUGAAAAUGUAUCUACUACUUCAAUAAAUUCAGCUCCAACCAUUAAUUUUCAAAGAUCUAAUUCUUUAGCUACAUCAUCAAAUAGAACUCAAAUGAUAAUGAAACAUAAAAAAUUAUCAACUUGGUCAUUAAAUAUACAAGAUAAAACAAUUAAUAAUGGCAUGCCAGAUAUUAUGGAGGUCAAAGCACAAUCUCCUGUAACUUCAAAGAAAAGUAGUGAUAGUGACAAUUCAAUGAAAGAUGAUAGUCAAAGUAAUAAUACUUUACCAACAACAGAUUCUGAUAUUGAAAUAUUACAAGAAAAUAUUAUAAAACCAAUUGUCUUAUCUGAAAAAAAUAUGUCAUCUCCAUCAGUUGAUCUAACAAAUAAUGUAUCACUAUCGCUUACAAAUAAAGAUAGUAAUGAAGCUUCACCUCCAAAAGUUACUGAUAAGGUUGAAACAAAAAUAAGAAAAUCUUCAAAAAGACAUGAGAUAUCUUCUUCUGAAAGUCUAACAGCUGCAAAUAAUAUAGAAAUGCCUAAAAAGAAACGUUCUUCAAGUGGAUUAAAGUUAAGUACAUUUUUUAGAAGAAUAUUUGGUGGUAAUUCUUCUCUGAAUGAAAGUCAUAAGAAGAGAAAACUUAAUAAACCAAACGAAAAUGUUGUCUCAUCUAAGUUAGAAAAAAAUGAAGCAGAGAAAGAGAAACCAAUGCAACUAGUUGAAGACAUAACGUUAUCUCUUGACCUUGAAAAUGAAAUUGAUAAUAAUUUAAUGGAUACAGAUUUAAUAUUUGACAGUAUAUUAUUAAAGAUGAACAACGGGAAGACAACAACUUUAAAUGCUAAACCGAAAAAGAUCGAAAAUUUUACUCCUAUUGUCUCUCAGAAAGAAAUUCCAUCAGUUGAUAAUUCCUGCCAAGACCCGAAUUUUGUUGAUCAUAAUCUAAUCAACGAUUUCGCUAAAUUAGGUAACUUCAUUAACCUUUCCAUAUCUGAUGAUAUUAACCAACCACCACCAAGAUCUUCAAAGCGUCCUACUCUUGACUCAAAACGCACGGCCUCUGAAUUUUAUAAUUCCCAACAAAACAUUAUCAGAAGAUUGCAGAAUGAAUUUGGUAUUGUAUUAAUGGAUGAAACACCUUCUAAAGAAACAUCCUCUUCCGGUAAAAGAACAAUUCUGAAGAUACCCUCUCAUGUAAACAAUAAGGGAACGAACAAAAAAUCUGUUCAAUUCACCGAUAAGGUUUAUUUAACUAACACAUAUUCAUUAACAGAAUAUGAAAGAAAGGAUAGAGGUUUUAAAAGGAGAAUGACUCUGUUAAUGCAAGGAGAUCGAACAUUUUUUGACAGUGUCAAGAAAGAACUAAAUUACUACAAGAGCCAUGAAAUGGCUGUUCAUCAGGAUAUGAAACAGUAUACCCAAUUUUUUGACUAA